AUGGUUUUCUCUUCUAUUCAAGGUUAUGUAGAUCCACCUAAUUGGCAUCAUCAGCAACCAAAUCAUCAUCAUCAACAAAAUGGAAGUGAUAACGCUCAACUACUUCCACCUUUACCUCCUCAAGUGGGAGGUAAUACAGGUGCGUCUAGUGGUAGUGCUAUGGGUUCGAUCAGACCAGGAUCAAUGGCUGAUCGAGCUCGUUUAGCAAAAAUACCACCACCAGAACCAGCACUAAAGUGUCCACGUUGCGAUUCAAUCAACACUAAAUUUUGCUACUUCAACAACUACAGCCUCACUCAACCUCGUCACUUUUGUAAGACAUGUAGGCGUUAUUGGACAAGAGGGGGUGCACUUAGAAAUGUUCCGGUUGGCGGAGGGUGUCGUAGAAACAACAAAAAGAACAAAAGUAACCGUUCGAAAUCUCCUACUCCAACAAACUCUCAUGAGAAACAAACUUCAUCAUCGAGUGCAAUCCCUUCUCAUCAUGAACUUAUUGGUCAUCAGUUACCGCAACAAAUAAGCAACUUACCCUUCAUGGCCUCUAUGCAGAAUCAUCUCAGCCGUUACGUUGUUGGAAACGUUAACAUGGGUCUCGCUAACUCAGAUCAUAUGGGCUUUCAAAUCGGUGUUGGUAAUGGUAACUGGAACUCACCUUCUGUUUCUGCUUCAACUGCUGUAGGUGGUGGUGAUGGUGGAGGUGGCGGUGUUGGAGUUGAACAGUGGCGUAACUUGCAGCAAUUUCCCUUCAUGAACACUUUCGAAUCAAAUUCCAGUGGAAACAAUUCAUACCAUCUUCAAGGAGAAACUAUAGAAACUGCAACAACUGGAUUCGUUGGAGAUCAUAUAGCUUCAAACUCUAGGGUUGUGGUUAAUCAAGAGCCACCAGUUAAAAGAGAAGAAAACCGUGGCUUAAAUUCACUAAGAAAUUCUCUUGGUGUCUCCGAACAUAAUAACCAACAACAAUACUAUUCAUGGAAUGAUUUAUCAGGUUCUUCAACUACUCAUCUCUUAUAA